UAGAUAUUAUUAUUAUUUUUCGCUCCCCCUUCCACCCCACAUAUAAAAACACUGAAGUGCUACUACUAUCCUCGCCCUCAUUCAAACGACACUCCGCUUCGCUUCGCUUUAGUUCCCCUCUGCUACUUAGUACUUACCCCGAGGCCAAACCCACUAUCCUCACUGAAAAAUGCGCCUGUCGGGCGAUAUGCGGCGACCGGUGCUGCUUCUUCCGGCGGUCCUCGCCCUGGUCCUCCUCCCCGCUGCUCCCGCCGAUGCAUGGCGGCCCUGGCCCCACCUGAAGCCCAACGCCUCCGCCUCCGACAUCUUCGGCCAGUCCAAGAAGUACGAGGGGUCGUCGGAGUUCGUGAAGCUGAAGUACCACAUGGGUCCCGUCCUCACGGCCAACAUCACCGUCCACACCAUCUGGUACGGCGCCUGGCCCAAGGCCCAAAAGAAGGUCAUCCGCGAGUUCAUAAGCUCGCUCUCCGCCACCGGCGUCAAGCGGCCCUCCGUGGCCGGGUGGUGGAGGACGGUCCAGAUGUACACGGACCAGACCGGCGACAACAUCUCCCAGAUUGUCCGCCUCGGCCAGGAGAAGAACGACCGGUUCUACUCCCACGGCAAGUCGCUCACGAGGCUAUCGGUGCAGUCGGUGAUCAAGAGCGCCAUCUCGACCAGGACGCGGCCGCUCCCGAUCGACCCCAAGAACGGGGUGUACCUGCUGCUCACCUCCCCGGACGUGUCCGUCCAGGACUUCUGCAACAACGUCUGCGGGUUCCACUACUUCACCUUCCCCUCCAUCGUGGGCUACACGCUCCCGUACGCGUGGGUGGGCAACAGCGCGAAGCUGUGCCCCGGCCAGUGCGCCUACCCGUUCGCCGUCCCGGACUACAUCCCGGGGCUCAAGCCGCUGAAGGCCCCGAACGGCGACGCCGGCGUGGACGGGAUGGUGAGCGUCAUCGCGCACGAGAUCGCUGAGCUGGCGUCGAACCCGCUGGCCAACGCCUGGUACGCGGGCCAGGACCCGAGCUUCCCGGUGGAGAUCGCGGACCUGUGCGAGGGGAUCUACGGCACCGGGGGCGGCGGGUCCUACACGGGGCAGAUGCUGGAGGACGGCGAUGGCACCACGUACAACAUGAAAGGGAUCCGACGGAAGUUCCUGGUCCAGUGGGUGUGGAACCAUGUGGUCAGCUACUGCACCGGCCCGAACGCCCUCGAUCAGUAAUAUCCUUCCACCUUUCGUUUUUUCUUUUGGGUCUUUUGUUUCGUUUGUUCUCUUCUGGGUUUUUUGGAGGGUGCCUCUUUCUUUCUUUCCUUCUGUCAAAAUUUGAAAAGAAUUUCCGAAGUGGUAUUAUCCAUUUGGUUUGGAUUCUUGUGGGAAGGGGAGUUCUGGGUCGGGUCUCUCUGGUCUGGUCUGGUCUGGUCUGGUCUGGUAAUGAAUGAUUAGUCGUGGUAGUUAAGUCUGUUAAAUAUGUAAUAAGAACCGUAUACUGUCCUUGUAUACAAAACGAAAGAGUCGUUCUUUCUUCUUCGUUCGGACGGCUGUUCAAUGGCGAUUGGCAUUUGAAGAGAGAGAGAGACAGCGGAGCGUGGGUCGAGCAAUGAAGAAUGUUGUGCCGACGGUCAGUCGAUGUUGGGGGGAAAGCAGCCAGCAAAAGCAAAACCGCCUCCCUCAAAUUGAAUUCGAAUUCGAUCCGUCUUCAGAUUGAA